CCGAAAGGUAUAAAAAAAAUAUAGCAGAGGGCGUUUCCAAAAACCAGCCCCAUCCCUGCGAAUUCCCUUUUCCCUAUUGGCCGGGCUCGGGGUGCCUGGAUGCUGCUGAUAAGACCCGCCAGCAAAGGAUGUAUGAUGCUGAUAUCACAAAUUGUUUGUUCUCUGGUCCAUUUCCGUUCUGGCACGGUGAGCUUGCAGACAUCUACUUUUUAGAUUAAUUUGUUUGUUAACUAUUAAUUGAGAUAAUUGAGAACAACUAUAAGUGUAUCUUGUGUUAUAUGUGUGUACAAAUUGGUUAUUUUUAGUUAAUAUGCCUCAAAUAACAAGCAUAAAACAUGUCGAAGAUUCCAUGGAAUGGUCAUCAGUCGAAGGCGAAAAUUUAGAUUACAGCACGUCAGAUUGUAAAAUCCAAAUAAUCCAACACGAAGCCGAUUUUUGGUCGGACGACGACGAUUUUUCCGACGACUUAUCGCUGGCCGAUAGCGACGAAGAAAAACGACUCGAUAUCCAUAGAUUUUCGCCACACAAUGCCAUCCAUCAGGCGACAAAAGAGCCUCAUAAUCGAGGAUUUGUUAAGAAAAUAUUUACAAACAGCCGCGAAAGAUGGAGACAGCAAAAUGUCAGCGGAGCUUUUGCGGAAUUAAGAAAACUGGUCCCAACUCAUCCUCCCGAUAAGAAAUUAUCUAAAAAUGAAAUUUUGAGGAUGUCUAUACGUUAUAUCCGGUUAUUGACCAACGUUCUACAAUGGCAACAAAGCAACACGUCAUCACCGAUUCAAGUUAACAUCAAAUGCGAAGAUUUGCAGGCCAUCAGCAGACACGAUUCGAUGAUUUCGACGACUAGAAGCAGAGCUAGGAUCCGAAGGAACGUCUUGGUUACUCAACAAUUGCCCAUGUACGAUCGUAACGGAAAUAAUCUGCUGAUGAUUGCGCCGAAUAAUCAUUUGCCUUUAAGAAGAAAUCAUCACGAAUUGGUUAGAUACGUGAGGCGAGAGGCCAUUGAAGGGGUUAAGAAUGAGAACGAUGAGAAUAAUGUAGAUAAUAAAUAAAGGAAUUAAUAAUUUUUGAGCAAGGGAUUCUCUAAUCGAGUGAAUUUGAGUUGUUUAACAUUAUUGCAUAUUUCAAACUACUGAUUUUAUUCUUGCCGUUGUUAUUGUUUGCUUAAAAUCUCAUUAAUAUAGCUUUUACUCAUUCAGUAUAAUAGCUUCACAGCUUGAUUAGAAAAUUGACGUCUUUUUUUGGUCAAUUGCAAACAGAACAAAUAUGUGACGUUACAUAGGCAUUCCAGGAACGUAAAUCUGUUACAUCCAGAAGAUGUUUCUGGAUCUUUGAAGGCUGACAUCUUAUCAUCAGACAAAAGUAUCGUCCCUUGGAUGUUUUAUUGGCCAACAAAAUUGUCGUCCCUUGUAUUGUCAGACAAAACUAUUAAUCGUUGAUCAUGAAAAAGUCUGCUUAUCAUAAUAAUCCAAAUUUCGUUGUAUGUAUUUAUCUCAUCAUGCAACUAAAGAUGCCAAAGUUUCAUUAUAAUCGGUUAAUAUGUAGUUGAAUUGUAUUUUAGAAAGUUUCAAUACAUGAUUGUAUAUCUCA